CAGACGCUGGCGGUAAGGCAGCCUCCGUGGAGCUGUCUGAAGUUUAUGCUGUCCCAUGACCGUCGGUCUCCUCCCCUGACCCUCCCUUACCCCCUUAUGUGUGGGGCCGCCGUUCCACCCCUACCUCCCCCGAGUCCCGGGCGGCCUGUUGUCCCUUCCGAGCCUGCUGCACUCCGCGUUCCUCUACCAGGCUCCAGUCUGCAGGGAAAGCUCCGGCCAGGCCGGUCCAGGAGCCAGAUCCAAGCUCUGGGGAGAACCAUGUCCGGCAGCUACGGGUUGUGCCACGCACAGAGUGCUGCCCCAGAGGAGCUGCUGUUUGAAUUAUCUGUGAAUGUGGGGAGGAGUAAUGCCAGAGCUGCUGGCUGAAAAUUAUCCAAGAGAAAUGUAGGCUGGGCACCCUGAAUCACGCUCCCCAGGAUGGACUUUCUGGUCCUCUUCUUGUUCUACCUAGCUUCAGUGCUGAUGGGUCUGGUUCUGAUCUGCAUCUGCUCGAAAACCCAUUGCUCGAAAGGCCUGGUCAGGGAAGGAGCACAGAUAUUUUCCUAUAUAAUUCCAGAAUGUCUUCAGAGAGCCAUGCACAGAUUGCUUCAUUACCUUUUCCAUACAAGAAACCACACCUUCAUUGUCCUGCACCUGGUCCUGCAAGGGAUGGUUUAUACUGAAUACACCUGGGAAGUAUUUGGCUACUGUCAAGAGCUAGAGUUCUCCUUGUACUACCUCCUUCUGCCCUAUCUGCUGCUAAUUGUAAACCUGUUUUCAUUCACCCUCACUUGUGUAACCAAUCCUGGCAUUAUAACAAAAGCAAAUGAAUUAUUAUUUCUUCAUGUUUAUGAAUUUGAUGAAGUGAUGUUUACGAAGAAUGUGAGGUGCUCUACUUGUGAUUUAAGGAAACCAGCUCGAUCCAAGCACUGCAGUGUGUGUAACUGGUGUGUGCACCGUUUUGACCAUCACUGUGUUUGGGUGAACAACUGCAUCGGGGCCUGGAACAUCAGGUACUUCCUCAUCUACCUCUUGACCUUGACAGCCUCGGCUGCCACUGUCGCCAUUGUGAGCACCGCUUUUCUGGUCCACUUGGUGGUGAUGUCAGACCUAUACCAGGAGACUUACAUUGAUGACUUUGGACACCUCCACAUUAUGGACACGGUCUUUCUUAUUCAGUACCUGUUCCUGACCUUUCCACGGAUUGUCUUCAUGCUGGGCUUUGUUGUGGUCCUGAGCUUCCUCCUGGGUGGCUACCUGUGCUUUGCUAUAUACCUGGCGGCCACCAACCAGACUACUAACGAGUGGCACAGAGGUGACAGGGCCUGUUGCUGGCAUUGUCCCCUUGUGGCCCGGCGUCCGUCAGCAGAACCCCAGGUCCACCAGAACAUUCACUCCCAUGGGCUUUGGAGCAACCUUCAAGAGAUCUUUCUACCUGCCUUUCCAUAUCAUGAGAGGAAGAAACAAGAAUGACAAGUGUGUGACUGCCUUUGAGCUGUAGUUCCCAUUUAUUUACACGUGGAUUUGCUCGUUUUCUGAGCA